UUUCCGGUUUAGUAUGUGCUUUACAUGAAAAAGGCAGCCAAUUCUUGCCGCAGGGGAUUAGAUUCAGCGUGUUGGUUUAGGGUCAGCAGACUAAGCUAUGAUGUACUCCACUCAGGGAAGUGGAAUAAUUCAGAAUCAAGAAGGAUUCUGCUGAGAGAUGUGACAAAAGAAACCUAAAUAACUCACCUUUCUGGAGCCAUGGCUAAUGGAACGACCUCUGGCAUCACGGUUGCUCCCAGCAGCCCCAGUAACUCUACAAUAACUCCAACCCAGCCAAGCUUCAUUGAAAGCCUUAUUGACAAAAUUCCACUGCCAAGAUGGGCUCUCAUAGCCAUUGUGAUUGCAGUGGGUCUGGUCCUCCUCCUCCUCCUCAUCUGCAUCAUCAAGUACUGUUGCUGCAGGAAGAAACGCAAGAAGAAGGCAAAAAUCGACAUGACUAGCAUCAAUGGUUCUUCCACUAUAAAAAGUCUGGUCCAGCCUGAUUUGGAAGACAUUGAGUGUGGAAAUGAAGAAGAAAAACGAGGACGGCUGCAAUAUUCCCUGGAAUACGACUUCCGUAGCCAAGAGAUGAAGGUUGGUGUAAAGCAGGCAGCAGAUCUGAAGGCCAUGGACAGUGGAGGUACCUCUGACCCUUAUGUGAUUGUCUACCUGACAUCUGAUACAAGGAAGAAAUAUGAGACCAAGGUUUACCGUAAGACACUCAACCCAGUUUUCAAUGAGAGCUUCGUUUUUCAUAUACCUCAGGGAGAUGUAGCUGAAAACACACUGGUGAUGCAGGUGUAUGAUUUCAACCGCUUUUCGAAGCAUGACAUCAUUGGUGAGAUGCGCUUGCCUCUUGGCGAUGUGGACCUGCAGCAUGUCAUGGAGCAAUGGCACGAGCUCACAGCAGCGAGCAAGAUUGAGCAAGAGCAUCUGGGAGAGAUUUGCAUUUCCCUCCGUUACAUUCCCAGUACCGGCAAAUUAACUGUGGUCAUCUUAGAGGCGAAAAAGCUCAAGCGGAUGGAUCCAAAUGGAUUGUCAGAUCCCUAUGUCAAAGUGCAACUUAUUUUGAACAAAAAGAAGUGGAAGAAAAAGAAGACAAGUAUAAAGAAAAAUACUUUAAGUCCCUACUUCAACGAAGCAUUUAUUUUUGAUGUGCCUUUUCAUCUGAUCCAGAACAUUGACCUGGUGAUUUCCAUCUGGGAUGCUGACAAAAUGACCAAGGAUGAUCAGAUUGGAAAACUGUUCCUUGGCUGCCGAGCAACAGGCAACCAGCUGCGCCACUGGUCAGACAUGUUGGCCAAUGCCCGCAGGCCUGUGGCACAGUGGCACACCUUGCAGCCAGUGGAAGAUAUUGACAAAACCUUGGGGCUGAAGACACGCUUCAAACUGCCACUACCUGGCAGCUAAGAAAACACAAAGCCAAAUAAAAAGACUUGUCCCUGUUCCACUUUGCUCGACAUUAGUGCAUUUUAUUUUUUGUAUGAAGGAACAUCUGCUAUGCAUCACUUUAUGACAACAGGAUCAAUUAGAGCUAAACAUACUACAUUCUGAGGAAGAUGAGUUAAUUUGAGUCCCAGGCCAGAAAAAAGCAGUUAUUUUGCAAACUCAAAUGUGCCAGAAUUCACCAUGUAAAAUGUUGCAAUGAAUCUAUCUUUUCACCACAAUAGAGAAGGGCUAUACACAAGAGGCAGACACUCAUAUACCAGAUACUGUGCAAGCUUGGAGUUAAUGUGUUAACAUUAGGGCAGUAUAUGGACUUGUGUGGACCACAUAUUCCCACCAGACUCAAGGGGAAGAGAUGACCCUGGAAAGAAAUGUAAUUACAAACAAUGCUCAUUGUCUUUGCUAAUUAUUUUUAAAAAUGUUGCAGUUCAUCCUAUAUGGGAUCCCAUAUAAGAAGUAAUCUGGCUGACAAUUCGGGUGCUAUAUUUUAUAUGUUUUACAUGUUUUAAUUGGUUUUAAAUUUGUAUGUAUAGGUUAAUUGAUUUUAAUGGUUCAUUGUGUAAGUUUUGCUUGAUCUUUGUAUAUUUGCAGCAUUGAAUGUUUGCCAUAAUUGGAAGCUGCUCCGAGUCCCCCUCAGGGUGAGAUGGAGUGGUGUAGAAAUAAAGCAAAUAAAUA